AUGUCCCAAACACAGACCCAGCGACCGCCCGAGAAUGUCUCCAUCAGUGAAGGUCCUGAAUUGGGCCGGACUGGUCUGCCCCCGGUGCCUGCGAAGAGACUCAACUCCGACUACCCACUAAUCGAUUCCGAUCCUCACUUCACCCGCGUCGUCAAGUAUGCGCGCACAAGCGACUACCUCGCUGGCACCGCCCUCGCCGCUGCCGGACCCGCCCUGAUGCUCUGGUGGGAGAAAAUCUCCCCCAGCGAGGUUGGCAAGGGCGGCUUCGCUUCGAUUAUGCGCCUUUCUGGAGCCCUCUCAGUUUCCGCCGGCUUCCUCUACUUCUACUCGCGAUCCGUCAACCGAUUUUACGGCUUCACCGAGAACCGACGAGAGAUCGAAAUGGACAUGCGCGAGAUGACCGACCGUGUCAAGAGAGGCGAGCCGCUUUAUGGCAAGACGAGAUUGACUGAGUAUAUGCAAGGAGCGGCAUCGAGGCAGAGCAGAUACAGUGGCGUGUUCAUCCACGUCAUGCCGUGGUUCAACUUCGUCAACCAUAACCAGCAUGGUGUGGAUACGGCCAAGUACUAUCAGAAUGCCGAGAGGGAGUUGGAGGCAGAGAGGCAAGGAAAGAAGCCGUCAUGA